CUUGAUUGAAUGAGUGAGCAGCGGAAGUGCGGAAGCAGAUGUGACAGUUCACAAGCGGAGCUGCAAAUAAACAAUGUUGCAGUUGCAUUUCACCAAUGAUGCUUUACCUGACAAUGUCAGCACUGACUUUCAAAAUCUGAAUAAAUUCAGUGAACAGCAAUUUGUGAGUCUGACAGAUAUCUUAUACCAGUUUCUUCUAGAACCCAAAGAGUCAGAGCGAUUUCUGCAUCAGCUGACGGAGUUUGCUGGAGAGAAUGGGAUGAGCGCAGGGCCACUGAGGGCUCUGAUGAAGAGCAUCCUCCUCCUGCCUCAUGGUGCUUUAAAAAGAAACCUAACAGCUGAACAGAUCAAACUGGACCUUCUCUCAUUAGGAUUAAAUGAAGACAAGGCCAGUCAUUUCUCUGACCAGUGGAGAGUGCACUACCCUGUUUUAGCCAGGCUGGCUGUGGGACAGACACUCAUGGUCAACCAGCUUGUUGACAUGGAGUGGAAAUUUGGUGUUACUGUUGGUACAAGUGAGCAGCAAAAGACUGGAAACAUUUUUCUACAGCUGAAACUAGUGAUCAGAAAAGGAAACACGACAGAAAAUGUAUACAUGGAGCUCACUUUACCGCAGUUUUAUAACUUUCUUCAUGAGAUGGAGCGAGCCAAAGCCAGUAUGGAUUGUUUCAGUUAACUGCUUCAGUGGUUUGACUGCCUACUGAUAAGUAAACAAUUGUAAUAAUGUUUUCACAAAAUGUUUCAUGAUUUCAACUAUUCUCAAUCUAAUUCCGUAACUUGAAUGUUUAUGUUCUUGUAUGUGAGUUUUUGAUUUGAUCACUUUCCACUCCUUUAAUCAUUUUUUGAUUACGUGUUUAAUAAACUUUUGAUGAAA